AUGGCGGCAUACCUAAACCAAUCGCCUGAGGCUAAGGGUGAGCUAGACGAGCACAAAAACGUUACCAUACUGGCGCUCGAGAACAGUGCUUUCCGUGAAUUUUUGGGACAAGGUCAGGGAAAUGACAACGGGUCAUCGUCAAAUUCAGCUCUCAUGAAAGGGAUCUUCAGCUACCAGAUUGUGAAGGGCUUGCAUAAUUCGGAGCAAAUCACCACUACACCACAGUUCCCAGCCACGGAAUUGGAUGACCAUGGCUUUACCAAUGUUAGCUCCGGCCAAGUUGUCCAGCUCGUCGAAAAGGACGGAAAAGACUACGCUAUCUCCGGCUUAAACGCCAACUCGACCAUUAUCAAGCCUGGUCAAGAUGUUGAUAAUGGGGUAAUCCAUGUCAUUGACCACCCUUUGACUCUCCCCCAAAGCGUCGCUGCGACCCUCCAGGGUGCAAACCUCACCAGUUUCCAGGGUGCCUUGCAGCGAGGAUUUCAACGUAUAGGGUCCACUUUUGAGAAUAUCUCUACUGAAGACCUUGGCAGAAUUGCAAAUUAUCAUAUCGUCAAGGGUAAAGUACUAUACUCUCAAGACCUGAAAGAUGAGAGCCAUUCAACCUACGCAGAUAAAGAUUUACACAUCUCUAUUGUUGAUGGGCGAGCCUAUGUAAACUCUGCUAGGGUUGAAUCCACCGACCUCCUUGUCAACAACGGAGUUUUGCACGUCAUAUCAGAUGUUCUUAACCCCAAUAACGAUACAGUUAAACCUGUUCCAGAUGCCGAUCCACCACCACCGGCCUUUGCGAAUGAUACAGCUGCUAGCACCGACCCGUUGACAGAUGGAAUUCCUUCUCCUACUUCUGUGGUUCCCUUGCCAGCUGCAACGAAUGUUGGUGGAGGAGGUGGAGGGGGAGGAGACGGUGGUGGUGGAGGCGGAGAAUCAAGCAGUUCCCCUAGUCCAACGGCUACAGUAACCGAAACCGAAGGAGGAGGCGGUGGUGGCGGCGGCGGAGGAGGAGGAGGAGGAGGAGGAGCGACUGCAACGAGCUCACCCCAGCCAGGUGCCGCCGCAACUGAGCCAGCGAAGGCUGGAUUAGCUGCUGCAAAACUACUACUUGAAAAGUUGUGGCAGGUGCUCAGUGAUUUUUCUUUUCACAUUAACAUCUGUAAUAAAAACUAA